UUUUUGCCCCACCCCCCCCCCCUUCCCCCCCUCCUCCUUUAUUUUGGCCAUGGAGCUGAGGAGCGCGUGUCGGGUGCUCCUCUUCCCGGUCCAAAUGCUCUUGUGCGCGCUGCGCUCGGCGCUGUCGUGGCUGGCGCCGAAGGCACGCAAGCAGCUGGCCGACGAGGUGGUGCUCAUCACCGGAGGGGGACGCGGCAUCGGACGCCACCUGGCCCACGAGUUCGCCAAGCAGGGCGCCAGGAAGGUGAUCCUGUGGGGCCGCACUGAGAAGUGCCUGAAAGAGACGGCUGAGGAGAUCUCCCUGGCGGGAACCGAGUGCCACUACUUCCUGUGCGACGUGGCCAAUCGGGAGGAGGUUUACAAGCAGGCCAAGGUCGUUCGAGAAAAGGUGGGAGAUGUUACGAUAUUAGUGAACAACGCAGCUGUGGUCCACGGCAAGAGUCUGAUGGACAGCGACGACGAUGCUCUACUGAAAUCGCAGCACAUCAACACCAUGGGACAGUUUUGGACCACAAAGGCCUUUCUGCCCCGGAUGCUGGAGCUUCAGCACGGCCACGUAGUGUGCAUCAACUCCAUCUUGUCCCAGUCGCCCAUCCCCGGGGCCAUCGACUACUGCACAUCCAAGGCUUCGUCUCUGGCCUUCAUGGAGAGCCUGACGCUGGGCCUGCUGGACUGUCCCGGCGUUGGCUGCACCACAGUCCUCCCCUUUCACACCAACACCGAAAUGUUCCAGGGCAUGAGAGUCAGAUUCCCUCAGCUGUUCCCGCCGCUCAAGCCCGAGGUGGUCGCCCAAAAGACUGUGGAUGCGGUCCGAGCAGACGUGGCUUUUCUCUACCUGCCGUGGACCAUGCACGCGCUCGUCAUUCUUAAAAGCUUCAUGCCACAGGUUGCACUUGAAGAAAUCCACAAGUUUACGGGGAGUUACACCUGCAUGAACACAUUCAAAGGCCGGACAUGAGAUUCGGCGCUGGUUCAAGGCGCCUUCGCCACCCCCGAGAGUUCAAAUAGGGGACGAUGGACCGAUAUGUGCUCGGAGGCGGGGAAGACGUCAUCGCGGAGGGAUAUUUUUUGCAUCUGAAAAGUGAAAUGACAUUUUGAGAAAGGACUUUUUGGAAUGUCAGGGAACGUGUUUGUAUAAUAUUGUACAGAGAUGUCUUCUCAGAAGCCAUGUAUAGGUUUGUACCUGUCACAUUUUGUUUUAGUCAGAUUUUUCGUUUAACUCGCUUUUAUUUUUGAUUUGCAUAAAAUCAGGACAAUAA